CUCGUGUUCUUCCUAAGCAGUCGGAGUCAUUUCGCCAGCAACCUCUCUGCUUCUCUCUCUCUCUCUCUCUCGUCGAAGUUCCCGGAGAAUGGCUGCUUGGGGGGCGGCGGCGCGCCGUGCCACCUCUUUGGGCAACGCCCUCAGGCUGUCCCAAUCGCCCGCGCCUGGGGUUCAAGCCCCUAAGCUGCUCCAGCGGCGUGGCAUGGCCGGUGGUGGAGACCAUCAUGGACCACCAAGGGUCAACUGUUGGCAGGAUCCAUUGAGUCCAUCUAAGUGGAAGGAGGAGCAUUUUGUGAUUGUCUCAUUGUCUGGAUGGGGUUUGUUGAUAUAUGGAGGUUAUAAGGCAUUUUCUGGUGGGAAAAAGGACAAGAAGGAAGAGAAAGUAGCUGAAGCAGCCCAUUAAAUUGCGUGGAGCUACCAGAGAGGUUACCUUCUUCAGCAUUCGCAAAUAAAGAUCUGCCCUGGCACGCAUCUAGAGAAGAGCAUUUUGGCUGUGGAACAUUUCCGUUUUGCAAAGUUUGGAGCUUUUCUGUGACAAGUUUUGCAAAGUUUGGAGCUUUUCUGUGACAAUUUGUGCUUGCUUUUUUCACCUUGUUUCAUUUUGCGAAUUUUGAACUCCGAAACAGAAUCCGGUGACUCCAGACCUGCUUGCUUGUUCAGUUCUUCGCAUUUCCACUUCAUCUAUGAAUGUAAAUCUGAAGCUAUGGCGAGAGAAUAAUCAACCCAUGUUGAAAAAGUUCUUAGUUUGAUUUCA